GUUGUUGUCACCGCGUCUGCCAUUUUGACCAGAGCUGCUUAGCGCGCAGUAGAUGGUGUGAUCCGGCUCCUCGGGAAACGACUGCUUCAUUUCACCAGCCAGGCGACUCUCCCCGGCGCGACCAUGCUGUCUGCAGCCCAGCUACUCGACGAGCUGAUGGGCCGGGACCGAAACUUGGCCCCGGACGAGAAGCGAUCGAACGUGCGAUGGGACGACGAGGGCUGUUGUCGAUACUAUCUGUGUGGGUUUUGUCCAGCAGAGCUGUUCACCAACACCCGCUCUGACCUGGGUCCUUGCGAGAAGAUCCACGAUGAAAAUCUCAGAAAAACGUAUGAGAAGAGCUCUCGGUUCAUGAAGGAGGGCUACGAACGGGACUUCCUGCGCUAUCUGCAGUCGCUCCUGGCAGAGGUGGAGCGGCGGAUUCGGAGAGGGCAUGCCCGACUGGCUCUUUCCCAGGCUCAGCAGAACGCAGGGGGUCCUGGUCCAGCAGGGAAGAGUGAUGAGAAAUCUUUGGUUCUACAGGAUAAGAUUGAAGACUUGGUUGCACAGAUUGAGGAGCUGGGGUCAGAGGGCAGAGUGGAGGAGGCCCAGGGGAUGAUGAAGCUGGUGGAGCAGCUGAAGGACGAGAGGGAACUGCUCGGCUCCAAUCCCUCGACUAUUGAAAGCUUUGCAGCCCAGGAGAAGCAGAUGGAGGUGUGUGAGGUGUGCGGGGCCUUCCUCAUUGUGGGUGAUGCCCAGUCCCGAGUGGACGACCACUUGAUGGGCAAGCAGCACAUGGGCUAUGCCAAGAUCAAAUCUACUGUAGAGGAGCUCAAGGAGAAGCUGCGUCGCCGCUCAGAAGAGCCCCCCGGUGAAAACCCAGUGGUCAAGAAGGACCGAGAAGACCGCGAGCGUGAGAGGGAGGAAAGGGAGAAAAAGCGCAAAGAGGAGGAAGAGAAGGAAAAGGAGCGUGAGAAGGAGAAGGAAAAGGAGCGUGAGAAGGAGAAGGAACGCGAGAGGGAGAGAGAGCGUGAGAGGGAGAGAGAGCGAGAUAAAAAUAGAGAACGGGACAGAGAUAGGGACAGGAGGGGCCGCCGAAGCCACUCUAACAGCCGCCACUCCAGUCGGGCAUCGGACAGGAAGAGGAGCAGAUCCCGGGAUCGCAGACGGUCCAGAAGCAGAGACAAGGAGAGGGAGAGGGAACGCAAACGCAGCAGGAGCCGGGAUAGAGACAGGGAGAGGAGGCGCAGCCGUGACCGGUCUGACAGGAAGCGUCGCUCCCGCAGUCGUGACAGGAAGAGGUCACGCACCCCCGAGCGCAAAUCUCACCGUCACCGCAGCCGCAGCAAGGACAGGGAGAAGGAGAAGGAGAGGGAGAGGGACAGGGAAAGAGACCGGUCAUCCAAAGACAAAGACCGUAAGGUAACAGAGGAGAGGAGCAGCUCUAAGAAAGACAAGCACUCUGACGGCGAUGCAGCUGCCAUCAAGGCUUCAUCAGAAGCAGAACCCAUGGAGACGGAGGCGGCCGCCUCUGCCUCCUCCCCUCUGCUCAAUGGCCAGAAAGAACUCUUCCAUUCUGAAGGUGACACUCAGUCCAAUUAAAACUGAUCUGAUAGGACCUCAGAUCAGGCUCAGGGGAAGCUGGGAUAUCUGGUGGAGGAAGAAAUGGAAGAGCGCAUCCAUCCUUACCCUGAACCUGACACUUCGCUGCUUAAAAACAAGGUGAACCACAGAUGUGUAGUGGCUUAUCCCAAAUCAUAAACAUACACGUGUAAAUGAGAAGAGAGUUAAAUAAUUACACAAACUUUUAUGUUAGCUGACGCAUCUUUUUGCUGAAUGAGGGUAGUUGUGGUUCAUCUGAUGUAUUUUGGUCUAGACACCAGCCCGACAUCACUUAGUUCAAAACCAAACUUAGAGGAGAAGCUCAGUGUGGUUCUUUUCUGUUUUGUUUUUCUUAUUUUGGAAUUCUUGACACAUCCUCCUUGUUUCUUGGCAUUUAGUGGUAAUGAAAUAAAAUCGUGCUUGUGAGUCUCUUUUGGUUUGUCAGGUUCCAUUUCACUUGACCUCGUCUUCAACAGAAAGCGCAUGUACAGUGUUAGACGACGAUAGGGCGUGUCUCCUUUCCUCCACUUUAGAGCUCACAUUGAUUGCUCGUGUCCCCUUACUGUAAAAUAUACUGAUUGAUUUUUGAUCAAAAGGGUUUUGAAGAGUGAAGAUCUGUUUAAUUUUGUUCUGCUUUUAAUGUCCAUCUUGUCUUGAUGAAUAAAAAGUAAAAAUUU